AUGUCUACUGUCAACUUGGUCAAGUACUAUUUUUACAACAACAUGAUGCCCGACAACCCGAGACUUCUGCGAAAUUAUAUUGCUCUCGCAUAUCAAACAGCCAGGGACAGAAAGCUUUACCCCAAAGCAGUCCUCAUCCGAUCCGUUCCGCACGACACGACUAGCAUUAAUGGAAUCUACCAAAAGGACCCAAAUGGCUGGCACAUUACCUUCUGCUACAAAGACCAACAGCAGCUUGACAACAAGAUGCAUACGGCCUGCCACGGCUAUCUUCCCGCAAAAGACGUCUUCGAGCUGACCAUGUCCACUCAUGUUGCGGAAAAAGCCGAUGCGACAAUAAAGGGCAACGGUAUGGCUGUAUGGCCAUCGGAAGACAUUCUGGAAGUUGCCCCAGAAGUUGGCUACAGUCACCUCCCUGAUCCGGCUGAGACCCGAGUCAUUCGGCCACCCUGA